GAAAAUUGGUACUGUUACAGAAUUCCACAUACACACGUGGAUCGAAAGGAGCAGCCAUUGUAUAGUAAGAAACAUACAGCAUAAAAGUAUCGUUACGUCGAUAAAUUGAAGUGUGGAAAAUCAAGGACACACAGUUAACAUCACUACAUCAAGAAAGAUGGCGAGUUAUUCACCAGUUAAUACAGAAUUAUCUAAACUUGGAUCAAAUCCUUCAGAAAAGAAAUCCAACAGCAAAAGUCUCCUACCACAAAAUAAUGCAGAAAAUAAAGGCGUUGAACUAAAACGUGAAAUGGGUCUGAUUAGUGCAGUGGGACUUAUUGUUGGAGGAAUGAUUGGAUCUGGAAUAUUUAUUUCACCUAAAGGUGUAUUAGAAAGAUCUGGAUCAGUGUCCAUAUGCUUACUAAUAAUUUUUUCAGGUGCUUUAUGUUAUGCAGAGUUAGGUACAAUUAUACCGAUGUCAGGUGGAGAAUAUGCAUACCUGUUGAAAACAUUUGGAAGAAUGGGACAUGCAGGUCCCAUUCCGGCAUUUUUAUAUAUAUGGACUUGCGUAUUCUUGAUGAAACCUGCCGCUUUUGCCAUCAUGUGCCUGACAUUUGCCGAAUAUGUCGUGGAACCUCUUUAUCCAAACUGUGAUUCGCCGACAGUUGUUAAAAAACUUACUGCAUGCUUAUGUAUAUCUCUUAUUGCCUUCAUUAAUUGCUAUAGCGUAAAAUUAGCAACCAGAAUUCAGAACAUUUUUACAGCUGUUAAAUUAUUAGCAGUUGUUAUUAUUGUUAUUGGAGGUGCAGUAAAAAUGGCAGAAGGUAAUACGCAGAAUUUAGUUCCCGAUUUUGAACACGCAACGACUUCAUUUUCAAAUAUUGCCACGGCAUUUUAUUUCGGUUUAUGGGCUUAUGAAGGAUGGAAUUACAUUAAUUAUGUUACUGAGGAACUUGUAAAUCCUUAUGUAAACUUACCAAGAGCAAUUAUAAUUGCAAUCCCCUUAGUUACUUUGUGUUAUGUUUUUACAAACAUUGCAUACUUGGCAGCAAUGUCGCCGGCGGAACUGUUGGCAUCCGACGUCGUAGCAGUGAAAUUUGCUGCUCGAGUUCUAGGACCGGCUGCCGUCAUCAUUCCAAUUUUUGUUGCCUUUUCGGCAUAUGGUGCAGGAAAUGCUAGUUGCUUUACUACAGGCAGGUUAUCUUUUGUUGCUGCAAGAGAAGGGCAUUUAGUUGAUGUUCUAUCUUAUAUCCAUAUACACAAGUUAACUCCAAUGCCAGCUUUGAUGUUUAAUGCUUUCUUGACUAUAUGUAUGGUAGCUGUAGGAAAUAUUUCUAGUUUGAUUGACUUCUUUAGUUUUGCUGCAUGGUUAUUUUAUGGGGGAACAACACUUUCAGUUAUUGUUCUUCGAUGGACUAUGAAAGAUAUUCCUCGCCCAUAUAAAGUGCCAAUUGUUAUUCCUGUGAUAGUAUUAAUAGUAUCAUUAUAUCUUGUGAUUGCUCCAAUUUUACAAAAUCCAGCAAUUGAAUAUCUCUAUGCCUCAUUGUUCAUUUUCUCGGGAGUGAUUGUUUACAUACCAUUUGUCCAUUACAAGAUUCAGCUUAAGAUAAUGGAUAAAGUUACAUAUUUUCUUCAAUUGAUGUUUUCGGUUGUACCUACACAUUCCUAUCCCGAAUAAGAAGUUAAAAUGAGAAAUAAAUCAAGCAUCACGAACAAUUUUAUUUAAAAAUUCCAAACGAAAAAAAGAUUUAUAUUUAAAAUUAUUCAGAAUAUGUAAAGAUUAUGUUUUCUGUGUUUUUUAUAAAAAAACAAAAUUAAGAAUUAUGUAUAUGUGCACAAUUUAUACAUUUGUUAAUGAAACUCCUCGUGCGUAAAUCCACUUGAAAGUGUUUUAUUUGGAGCAAAAACUUUUACAAAAUUGUAACACUUUCAAGCUUAUGCUUCUCAUUGAGAAUCAAUAAGAGAUGUAUAGUUCAAGAGGAGACUAAGAUUACUACUAGCAGCAGUGUAAAACAGAAAACUGUAAAGCCCCUGAAAACUUUUUGAAGAACCCACCUUUUACCUAUUGUAAAUCCAUGAGAAAAUUUCAAUAUUAAUAUUAAUAUCAAUAUCAUCGAUAACUGAAAAUUUAUUUUAAAUUCAAAUAAAUUACAUUGAACUCCGAUAUAACACAAAUUCAAAUAAAAUGUUGAAAAAAUUGCAACUAGUAUUCAUACGAAAUUUGCAUUUCGUCAUGCAAAGGUAUGCAUUUUCUUCUUCAGCUUCUAAGACCAGGUUUAAAAUUGCAUAAAAUCGUCUGAUAAUGCAGGUCUCGAGAAUACGAUUUCCUAUAAUGUGGAAAAUAUCUCCAUGUUUUACCGGAGUCCACUGUAUUUGCUGUUUUUUUAAUUCCUUCUUAUUAAAGAUUUCCUAUCGAGAAUUUCAUAUAAAAUUAUAUAGUCAAGUUAUGUUAUUUAACUUAAUGAAACUUAAUGAUAUCUGUAAAAACAAGUAGGGAAUUUUUCUGCAUUUCUGUUAAAGCCAUCACAGAUAAACAAGUAUUUCCUUUACAUAGUUGAGGAAUAUAGGUCUCUUGGGACUUAGUUAUUGUAAAGUGAAAAGAAAAUUGUUUGUAGUAAUUAUUUUAAAGAUAUGAUUUUGCAUUUUCAUUUAAACGGAACAGUUUCUAUUAAGUGCUUUUAUGUCCUCUCGUCAGUCAAUUUUAACAGAAACAACUAACAAGAAGCUAAUAGGUUGUCAAUAAUGCUGUUUACUAAUAGAAACACAGUGUGUUUACCUAAAAGCAAUAUAAACUGGAAGUGAUGGCAUAAAAUAUAGCCAAACAACCAGUAUUUGGUUAGCUAUACGAAAACACACACCCAUCCAUAAGAAAAGUUUUAGAUUAGACUUUGUUAAUAAAAAGAAAAUCUCUUUAAAGAAGUUUCCAUAUUAAAUUUUACACACAUUUUAUUGACAACUUAAAAAUUUCUUUUAGCUGUGGGCCUCAAACAUUGCCAAACCCCUGGAUUACAGGGUUUGCAGGCUAAUUGUUACACCCCAGACUAGCUACAUCCUAUACUAGAUGAAAAUGAACAGGGUUGCUGAAAGCUUGUAUGAGGCAGGAACAAACUAAGUUUUCUCUGAGACCAGACAAAAAUUCCCAGCUUUCUCCUCUUGAUGGCCCCAAAAAUGAAUAAAUAAAACAAAGAUGUAUCCUUGCAGGUUGUUCCUCUGCAACACAAAUUUAUUAAAAUGCUUGUGAUAUGUGCUAACUUUCCCAUUUGUAUUGCAGAAGUACUCGUAAGGAUAGUCUCGUUUUAUUUGUAUUCAACUCGGUGUGGGAUGAGAAUCAUUACAAUGCAACAUCUCUUGAUCCUCAUUUCUCAUGUUAAGUCUCGAUGAUGGGUGCACAAUUCUAAAAGCACGUUUGAAAUUUCUAAGAUGAUUUUACUCUUGAGAGAGCACUUUCAAUUGCACAAUAUACAUACUUCUAGUAUUGUAUGUGCCUUGUAUAUAAACACAUUUUGUAUAAGGUACUAUAAAUUUUUAUAUACACGUACUACUAUACAUACCAUUUUUAUUUGGAUUUUCAAAGUUACGAGAAAAUUACCGGCUUUAACAAAUGCAGCAUUCCAGAAAUGCAUUAAAAGCAACUUCAAAUUAAUUGCAACUUCAUAUACAAAAUUUAAAGUUUCAACUAUUAAAUUAAUGUACUUGUAUAUGAAAAAUCUGAAUAAAAUUAAUCUUAGCAUAUAAAAGAUUGAAAGUUUGAAAACUGAUUGUCUUAGAGUUAUUUAGAUUUUAUAAAUAAUGAAAGUUUUCAUUAGAAAUGAAUGAUAAAAUGUUUAUAUAUAAGUUUCUAAAUUUGUUUACUGUAAGCUUAUAUUUUGUCAACUUAUUUCUACUUAAUAAACUUUUGAAAUAAAA